AUGGCUACUGAGGGCACCACGCCGCAGGCCGAAGUGAUGUCGAUUGCUUCGCCCAUUAACCUAAUUCUUCUCUCCCUCUUCGUCGUGCUGCUGUACUGGCACUUCCGCCCCAAGCCAGCCGUCGUGCUCCCGCGCGGCCCGGCCCCGGUCGUCUUCCGCACCUACACCCCCAAGACCCUACUCGAGUUCAACGGCGAGGGCGACCGGCCCGUCUUCCUAGCCGUGCGUGGCCGGGUCUUCGACGUCACCCCCGGCAAGAACUUCUAUGGUCCGGGAGGUCCGUACGAGAACUUUGCUGGCCGCGAUGCGUCGCGAGGCCUGGCCCACCAGAGCUUUGACGAGGAGAUGUUGACCAAGGAUCUGUCGGCACCGCUGGAUGAUCUCAAAGAUCUGGAUGCCGACCAGCUGGAGAACCUACAGUCGUGGGAAGAGCGCUUCUCCGAGAAGUACCUUGUUGUCGGCAAGCUGGUUGCCGAGGGCGAUCCCGAAGCGCCGGCAUCAUGA